AUGGCACGGUUUUAUAAUGCUCUAAGGUUGAUCCUUUGGGCUUUCUUUGUUUUCGUUAUAUUAUCUGCGCAGAGCGCAGCACAAGAUGUAGACGCACUCGCAACAAAGUCUCCAACGAAAACAGCGAUAGUUACAGUCACAGAAACCUCUCUGCCGUCCAAACCAACUCCAGAUACAGAAACUCCCACACCAAUUCUAGAAGAUGACCAAUCUUCUACGACAACUCCUCCUCCUCAAGUUCCUGCUAAGGAUAGUGAUGAUGCACUUCCUGGUUCAACUCUCGUUGUAAACAAUGUUGGACCUAUUGUUGCCGCUGUAACUGUUGUGUUUUUGCUACUAGCUAUUCUUAUCGCUACAUUCUUUUUCACAAGAAGAAAAAAACAAGUUAUAAAUAAUAUAACUGUAAAUGAAGCUCCUAAUUCAAAUAACGUUUAA